UAUAUUAAUAUGACAAGUGUGAUUAAAUCUCCACUAGCUGGUGGUUUUGAGGGUACUUAUGAGGAGCAUGUCGAAUAUAUUGGUUUGCGUUACAUUAUGGAUGGUGAAACUCCUAAGAAAGAUUACUUCUGCGCUCGCAAAGCUUUGCCAUAUCUUGUUGAUGGGCAAAAAUUAUUCCCGAAAUGUGGAAUGGCUAUCUGUUACUCGUGCAAUAAAGUUGUAUAUCCUGGAAUAGAACAUUUGUCAGUUGGUGAAAGAUCUGUUUAUAACGGAUUGGAGGCUUGUACCGGAAAUAAGUUUUGCAAAGUAAAUUUCGAAGAAUAUAUGGAAUUAAAACAGCUAAUCCCAUUGGAUAAGUGGACGAGUUUCCAUCAAUAUUAUUUGCAGAUAAAUCAAUUUG